CCGCGGGGGGACGAUGGGAGAGGCCGGGGCAGGGGCUGGGCAUGGCAGUGCCUGGGCUCACGCGCCCCCUCCGCCCGCAGGCUGCCGCGCUACAUGGUGCUGCUCUAUGCCGCCAAGUUCCUGAAGGCGCUGGGGCUGUUUGAGUCGUACGACCUACUGCAGGCGGUGCACCUCGGGCCCUUCCUCUUCGUCGUCCAGCUCGGGUCUGCGUUUUUUAUGGUUUUCUUUCAAAAGCCAUUUUCUACAGGAAAAACUGUAACCAAGCACCAGUGGAUCAGAAUUGUUAAACAUGCGGUUGCUGGCUGUAUCAUUUCACUCUUAUGGUUUUUUGGCCUCACUCUCUGUGGACCACUAAGGACAUUGUUACUGUUUGAACAUAGUGACAUCGUUGUGCUCUCACUGCUUAGUGUACUGUUCACAAAUUCAGGAGGAGGACCAACAAAGACAAGAGGUGCUGUAUUUUUCAUCAUUGCUGUAGUCUGCUUAUUGCUUUUUGAUAAUGACGAUCUCAUGGCUAAAACUGCAGAACAUCCUGAAGGACAUCAUGACAGUGUUCUUACCCAUGUUCUUUAUACAAUCAUUGCUUUCUUAGGAGUUGCAGAUCACAAGGGAGGAGUGCUGCUUUUGGUAUUGGCAUUGUGCUGUAAGGUUGGCUUUCACAUGGCUUCCCGAAAGUUGUCUGUAGAUGUAGGAGGAGCCAAGCGUCUUCAAGCUUUAUCACAUCUUGUUUCUGUCAUUCUAUUGUGUCCAUGGGUCAUCAUCCUAUCUCUGACAACUGAGAGCAAAGUAGAAUCCUGGUCCUCUCUCAUCAUGCCUUUCAUAACGGUUAUCUUUUUUGUUGUGAUCUUGGACUUUUAUGUGGAGUCCAUCUGUUCUGUCAAGAUGGAAGCUUCCAAGUGUGCCCGUUAUGGAUCCUUUCUCAUUUUGAUUAGCGCUCUACUGUUUGGCAACUUCUGGACACACCCAAUAACAGAUCACCUUCGAGCUAUGAACAGACCGGCUCACCGAGAAAGCACAGAGCAUGUUCUCUCUGGAGGAGUGGUAGUGAGUGCUGUUUUCUUCAUUUUAUCUGCCAAUAUCCUGUCCUCCCCCUCCAGGAAAGGGCAGAAAGGCACUCUUAUUGGCUAUUCUCCGGAAGGCACUCCUCUGUACAAUUUUAUGGGUGAUGCGUUACAACAUAGCUCUCAGUCUCUACCACGCUUUAUUAAAGAAUCACUAAAACAAAUCCUGGAGGAGUCUGAUUCUAGACAGAUCUUCUACUUCUUGUGCCUAAAUCUGGCUUUUACUUUUGUGGAGCUAUUCUAUGGAGUAUGGACCAAUAGCCUUGGACUGAUCUCAGAUGGCUUUCAUAUGCUUUUUGAUUGUUCUGCUUUAGUGAUGGGGCUUUUUGCGGCUCUGAUGAGUAGAUGGAAAGCAACCCGUAUAUUUUCUUAUGGGUAUGGCCGGGUAGAAAUUAUCUCUGGAUUUAUUAAUGGCCUUUUUCUAAUGGUAAUAGCUUUCUUCGUGUUCAUGGAGUCAGUGACCAGGCUGUUAGAUCCUCCAGACAUAGAUACAAACAUGUUAACUCCAGUCUCAGUUGGAGGGCUGAUUGUAAACCUUGUUGGUAUCUGUGCCUUUAGCCACGCCCACAGCCAUGGGGCUUCUCAAGGAGGCUGUCAGUCACAUGAUCACAGCCAUUCACACCAUGGCCAUGGACAUGGUCACAGUCAUGGACAUGGUCAUUCCCAUAAUGACCAUGGGCACAAUCACAGUCAUGGACAUACCCAUGGAGGAGGCAUGAAUGCAAAUAUGAGAGGUGUGUUUCUACAUGUGUUGGCAGACACCCUUGGCAGUGUUGGCGUGAUUGUAUCCACAAUAUUUAUUCAGCAGUUUGGAUGGCUGAUUGCCGAUCCACUCUGCUCCCUUUUUAUUGCUACGUUAAUUUUUCUCAGUGUUAUCCCACUGUUAAAAGAUGCCUGUCAAGUACUAUUGUUGAGGCUACCUCCAGAACAUGAGAAGGAUCUGCAUAUUGCUUUAGAAAAGAUCCAGAAAAUAGAUGGUGUCAUAUCUUACAGAGAUCCUCAUUUUUGGUGUCACUCUGCUAGCGUUGUGGCAGGUACUAUACAUGUACAGGUGAUGUCAGAUGUGAUGGAACAGAGGAUUAUACAGCAGGUAACAGCAAUUCUGAAAGAUGCUGGAGUGAAUAAUCUAACUGUGCAGGUGGAGAAGGAAGCUUAUUUUCAACACAUGUCUGGCCUCAGUACAGGGUUUCAUGAUGUCCUUGCAAUGACACAACAAAUGGAAUCCAUGAAAUACUACAAAGAUGGCACUUAUAUCAUGUGAUAUGGCAUCAUGUUCACUAAUGGGAUGUAAAGAAUUUAAACUGUAGGGUUCAAUAUUUGUAUUAUUUUGUCAGGGCAAUUUGCACAUACAUGUACAGAAACAAAUGUACUAUAUAUAUAUGAUUUUUUUAAAGGUUUAAUAUCUUUAAAAUUGGAUCAAGAUGCUCUUUUUGAAGGAAAUAAGAUGGACUAGAACACUUCCUGUAUAUGUGGAAAUAAUGGAAAUCUGAAAUACUUUGUGGUGUUUAUUAAACAGAAAUCUUACUACGUGUGUGGAUGAGCACAGCUAUAUUGUAUACACAUUCUUCUUAAAGUGGAACACGAACAUUUUUUUUCCAGGUCAAAAUCCACAGGAGAUGAGAAUCAUGUAGGUUUCAGUAGAAGCCAGAUCAGCUCCAAACUGCACUUUUUCCCCUAAAACAUCUUUGAAGACUCUCCUUGUAUGUGACAGUGUAUACAUUAUUAUGAAAAAUACAAAUUAAACUGAAUAUGGAGUCUCACUUUUUCCAGGGUUUGUUAGGUACAGAUAGAAAUAUAUAAUUUUAUAUUUAUUCAGUCUCUGUAUAUAAAACUAAUUUCUAAACAUAAUUUUACUACAUCAAAGCAAGUAAAUGCUACCAUUUUAAAUUUAUAUCAAAGUAACUGAUUUUUAUAAGGAAUGAGCCCCGUACUCCCGCACUACUUUGUGUUCUUGCUUAUUGGGGAGACUGAAAAGUCAAAUUGAACCACUAUGUAAAAUAAAUAUUUUAUACUUGUUUAUGAACAAUUGCAAGUGGAAAUCUUGUUCAAAGUGUAAAGUAUUUCAUCAUUGAAAAACAUCCUAACCACUUCUUCCCCCAGUGAUGUUUUUCUCCAAAAAGCAGAAUAUUUCACUUGAUCUAUUAGUCACCCUAUUGAGGGGAAAAGCCUGUAAUUCGUACAUAUGCUUUGUAUGUGUUUUUAUAGCAUUAAAUAGAAAGAUAUAGAGUAUCUAGGUAUUGUGCCAAGGUACAUUACAUAAUUGAAAUCAAUGUGUAAGAAAAGUGCAUGGGAGAAGCAGCAGAAUAAGCUGUCAGUAAAGUGUUCACUGUCUAUAAACUGCUUGCUUCUCUUAGACACUGUCUAAAUGCAGAGAAUAAAGAAAUUCAUGAUUCAGGAUCAGCAGUACUAGUUCAACUUGAACUCUUUUUAUAUUAAUGUAAAAAGUCACUUUUUCAAGCCAAAAAAAGGCUUGCCAUUAUGGGUGGUGCUAUCCUACAGCUGUCAUCUAGUUUAAAAAAAAAA